UAAAUGUAAUGGCGGUAAUGUACGGAGGUUUUUUAACAGCCCACAAUAAUCCACAAUAAUCUUAAGAUGAAGGCCGGGAAGGUUGCUCUGAGCUCUGAGUGCGUAAUAAUGGGCAAAUAAAAAAUAAAUUUGAGUGUUAUUAUCAGCGCGGUACCACUCGUUAAGUAUUUCGUUGACAAUGUUACGCCUUUGCCGCAUCACUGCCAGGCAAUAAAAAAUAUGUAUGAACAGGCAGCGAAUAACUGGGCUGUCGGUCUGUAUUCUCUGCUCGACCCAACAAAAUUUAUGCCAUUUCUCCCAAAUUUAUGGAAUAAGCAAGCCAUCGGCUCGCGUUACCCGAACGACACGAAGGUACGGGACAUUGACAUGCUUGUGGGUCAUCUUAUCCUAUUUUGGGUGAUGUUGUAUCUGGUGUACAAGAAGUGCCUUAAUUCAUUGUUCAGACGUAUGCGCUUUCCAUUGAUGCAACGGAGCAGAAUAAUUGAAGCUGCAUGGAACUGCGGGUUCUGUUUUGGUAGUAUAUGUUACAUGAAGUCAUUGGCUAUACAGAUCCUCAGCUUUGAGUCUCAUGAGCAGGGAAUGAUGUACCAGGAGUUGGGGAUUGCGUUGCAUAAGAGCUUUUACUUUCAUCAAGCAGGAAUUGAUAUACUGUACUAUGGUGGUUGGAUAAAGGGCUGCACAAAUCUGCUCUUUGCGUCAUUUGUCUUGAAUUCAUAUCAGCAAAAUUAUAGGUGGUGUACAGUUACAAGUACUUUUCUAAUGUAUAAAACUAUCGACAUUGUGAUAGUUAAUGUCUGUCGGAUCCUAUUAUGCAUUUUUCGAACUUUUGGGAGAUCAGUCUCUAAGCUAUUGUUCCUAAUACACUGCCUGACUUGGAUAUAUUUGUACUUACAUUAUGUGCCUACAUCUAUGCUUUGGUCUAAAGAAAUUAAAUAUGCAAGAACAGAACCUGGCUUGUGGCUAUGGUUUGCAGCGGAGUGCUUAGAUUCGGUAUUGUUAAAAUUUAUUGGACAUAUGAAAACUAUACAUUGGCUUGAAAUUUGUCUGUUUCCACCACCAACGCAGGAAGCUAUUGAAUUGGCUGGUAUCCAUAAAAGGCAUAAAGAAUUUUUGAAAAAAUAUAGAACUAAAAAGGCAAAGAAAGCUGAAUUGUGGCAAACGCUAGUUUGUGCAAUGGCGAUUAAAAAGAAAAUCAAAAGGAUUCGUGAAGUUAAAAAUAUGAAUGCAUUGACGAAAGAUCUUGAAAAAACGGAAUUGUUUGACAUGCAAGUAGAUGGCGAGUUAACAGAGAAUUAAUGAAGUUGUACUAAAAUAUAUUAGAAAAGUAGCAUUUUCAGAACCAACGAUAAAAGAUACAAGCUGUUUCCACAUUAAUUUGUAUGAUAAAAGAGCAAUUUUCUUAUUGUGAUGUUGGAAAUAUCGAAUGUGUAUGAAUUUUUUAAAGAGUUGUUUCGUUACGUGAGAUUCAUAGCGUUUUCGAUUGGGAUGCACUGGCUGCACUCAGUGUCAGGAACGUGUUUGAUUGGCAGUGCCAAUGCGCACUUGGCUAGUGUCACAUGUUUGUUUGACUGCACUCCGUGUGCAGUUGCGCACUAAGUGGCAUGAGAUAUUUUGACGGUGUCAGUUUAGUGCAUCGUUGGAUGCAUGCAGACACCAGUGCAUCGUUUUGAAUGUUUUGUUUCAAAUUCGACAAAAUAAGCAAUUCGGAUUUGGCUCUUUUUAAUAUUUUGGAGAUAUUUUUGGAAUCUUCUUCAAGUUCAAGCGAGGAAAAAGAAAUAAUUACAACUCUCAGAAUUAGAAAAAUAAUUCCAAAAACCUCAAAUUAUGUGGCAUCUGUGAAACAAAUGGAUAAUGAUACUGUAAGUGUUACAUCUUUUUAUAUAAGUAUAUAACCUAUAUUUUUGUUUAAAAUAUAAUGGGCACUGAAAAUUUCGGCGUGUUCUUUUGUACUUGCACUAUUCAGUGCAACCCAUGGAACUUGUCUAGUGUUGGUGUGAACUGAGUGCGCACUGGUGUGCACUAACUUUUUCCCAAUCGAAAACACUAUCAGAUGUUUUAUACGUAUAUAUAUAUUAUAUCAUACGUAAUUGUAAAUACCUAUAUUUAUGAACAAAUGAAGGCGAUUAAAGUACACUGCGUGUUAUGAUGUAAUGAAAAAGAUCAGAAGCAAAAAGACUGUCUGUAAUUUUUAUACAAAAAUUGAGUUUAUUUCAUAACUUCGUAAAUGUACACUUGCUUAUGUAAAAAAUUCAUCAUUUUAUGCGUUCAUAAUUUAGUAGAAUGUCUCGAUAACGGUUAACUGGGUGAUCCAGUAAUGUUACAAUCUAAUCGGAGGUGUUUACUCGGAGCAAAUAUUUAGGAGUAUUGUUAAUCGCUCUGUUGAUCAUCUAUACAACUCAAAGCACACAAAUAUUAUAGUUGUUAUAAACAUAAAAUAUUAUGAUAUCGGUUCGUUGAAUGGUACUCUUAUCUAAAUUGAAUAUAUUGUAGGUUUUUUUUCGUGUGAUAUAAUUGCACGUAAAUUGUUGAAGUGAUAAAUUUGCCUUCGCGAAGCGGUACAUAUACGAUAUGUGACGCUAUAUUGUUUAUAUGAAGUUACGUUAUCGUGCAGUUUGCAUUUACGUCUGAUGGACGAUGUAUUGUAGAGCAUCGUCGUGAAUUUAUAGUAACAAGUUGAUUUUGGAUCGCAUCAUAAAUUCGAUUACAGUGGCUUUGAGACGAGGGUACCAUCCUUGUUUAUGGCAGUAAAUAGAUAAUGUAUAAUAUGAGUAUGUUGUUUUUUACUGUGGAUUUUUGAGCAAUAGAAUUGUUAUCGCAAUUUCAGGGCAACACUGUAGAGACGUACUUAACAUGCAGUUACUCUUAAAAUUGACGAACAAAACUCAAAUUUUUUUGAAAAGUGGAAUAAUUUGUUGCUACUUUUUUUUACACCUGGAAAGGAGAGCCCGUAUAUCUUUUAAAUUUUACAUCGUAUUUUCUAAAUAUGCGUAUGCAGUGUUUUUUGUUUUUGGUUGAUGCGAAGAUAUUGUCCUGUCGUAUUUAAAUUGUUGAUAAAUGUAUUAUAUGUAAAUGAAGACAACAACAAUUUAUUAGAUAAGUUUAAUUUUAUAGACACAUUUACAAAAUAUCUUGUUAUAUUGUUUUAUAUCGUGUGUGUAUGAUUAUUCAUAUGUUUACGGAUGUGUACCGCCACAAAGAGAUGUAACUUUUUUGCGUUUAACUAUCACUGCGCUUAUUUCGAUAAAAUGUAAUCGUUAUUCUUAUUAUAUGUUCGCACACGAUUCAAGCAAUGUUGAAAAAAAGAGAAAGAAAUUCAAACUAAAAUACUUGCAAAAUUUCUGUGCCAUAAUGAGAAGACGAUUGUAUUUAAUGCGUCGUAUCAAUUUCAUACGAAAACGAAAUGAACGCUUUUGCUUGCUAGCUGAUACUCGUGUGGUCUAGCUAAUUUUUCUGUCCAAAUAAAACAAUGCACAUUUUACACAUCAAUAAUUUCACAAAACUUUAUUUCGCGAAAGGCACGAAAAUUUGUAUAACUUAAACUUUUGUGAAUCUUGAAGCUGAUGAAUAACUUAGAAAUGUCAAUUAAAUUAUACGUAUAUGUUAUUUAUCGACAAAAUUAUUAUAUUUCGAUUCCAAAAUGAUACAUUGUAGGAUUAAUAAAACUUACAACUUACAUCCACCAGGUAAA